UUUCCAAACACACACCCUCAUUCGCAGAGGACAGAGUCCUACACACACACUCAUGCACGCACUCAUACAUACACUCAAACAGACAAACUGAUCCUCUCUCUCACACACACACAGACUCACAUAUACAGACUUCAAACUGGAUUUAAAUCAGACGGAUAAAUAGCACAAAGGAAUUUGGAAGAAAGUCCAUUGUGGUGUUUUUGUAGCUCCAGUGACGAGCAUCUAUUUGGAGGCUGUCAAGCGGAUUGACCGGUUCCCACUGUCCGAUCCCGAUCUGCUGAUUCUAUCUGGCAUCGACUUCUCACUCCGGGACUGUUUAAGAGCAGGCGACUACGGCUGGGACCAACAGAGACAUGUGUUGUGCCUCAGCCGCCUUCUGCUACCGCAUGUUCUCUUUCAUCCAGUGAUCAGAGGCGCAACACAAGUGCAGAAAACUUGUUUUAGACACCGCAUCUUCAAACUCCUUCUGUCCCACUGGUGUCAGCCUGAAGAAGAGAUCCCCUGCUCUGUCGCCACAUAAUUUCUUUUCUCAGGUGAGCGUCGCCGCAGCAGACAGCUGAAGCAAGCAUGAGCGUUGAUGGCCACCAGGGGGUUGUGACCACCCCUCCCCCACCCACCAAGGAACGAUACUUUGACCGGAUUGACGUCAACGAUCCAGAGUACAUCAGAAGCCGAAACAUGUCGCCCGAUCUUCGACAGGACUUCAACGUUCUGGAGCAGAAGAAACGGGUCACGCAGAUCCUCCAGAGCCCAGCCUUCAAAGAAGAGUUGGAGAGUCUGAUCCAGGAGCAGCAGAACAAGGGGAACAACCCUACAGGUCUGCUGGCCCUCAGACAGAUUGCAGACUUCUUCAUGGCCAGCUCAGUCGCCGGCUUCAACAGCUCCCCGCUCAGUCUGGGAAUGGUCACACCCAUCAAUGACAUGUUCGGUGUGGAUUCAUCCACCAUGGUGAAGGGAGAGAAGCUGACGCGCUGCAAACUGGCCAGUCUCUACAGACUGGUGGACCUGUUCAACUGGGCACACUUGGCCAACUCCUACAUCUCGGCUCGAGUCAGCAAAGAGCAAGAUCACAUCCUCAUCAUCCCCAGAGGGCUUUCAUUCGCUGAGGCAUCCGCUUCAAAUCUGGUCAAGGUCAAUAUCAUCGGGGAUGUUAUUGAGCAAGGCUCCACCAAUCUGAGACUAGACCCCACUGGUUUCAGCCCCCACGCUGCCAUCUAUUCCAUGCGUCCAGACGUCCGCUGUGUCGUACACGUGCACACCCCCGCCACGGCAGCAGUGUCGUGCAUGAAGUGUGGCCUCCUGCCCAUUUCCCAGGAGGCUUUAAUUCUGGGUGAGAUCUCCUACUACAACUAUCACGGCAGUCUGGACGACCAAGACGAGCGCAAGGAGCUGCAGAAGGCUCUCGGUCCCACAUCCAAGGUGCUGGUGCUGAGGAAUCAUGGUAUCGUUGCCCUGGGAGACUCAAUAGAGGAGGCGUUUCAUUACAUCUACAACGCAGAGUUGGCCUGUGAAAUCCAGGUGAACGCCAUCUCAUGUGCUGGCGGAGUGGACAACCUCAUCGUGCUGGACCAGAAGACCUACAAGGCACGCGUCGCCGACGUCGCCGCAGCUGGCAAGGUGAACAUGGGCGGUCAGUACAAGUGGAAGCUCGGCGAGCUGGAGUUUGAGUCUCUGAUGAGGAUGCUGGACAAUCUGGGUUACAGGACGGGCUACACCUAUCGGCACCCAAUUGUGCGGAACAAGCCGAGACACAAGAGCGACGUGGAGAUUCCAGCCACUGUCACUGCCUUCAUGUUCGAGGAUGAUGAGGACGCCGGCGCCACUCGCUUGCCCUUCAAGUUCCUGCAGCAGCGGCAGCAAAGGGAGAAGACGCGCUGGCUGAACUCACCCAACAGCUACACCAAAGUCAGCGUGGAGGGAGGAGAGGAGCGGCACAACAGCAGGACGACCACGUGGAAGAAAGCAGAUGAGACUGGAACUCCGAUCCGUAUCGAAGAUCCAAAUCAGUUUGUUCCUCUCAACACGAACCCAACCGAGGUGCUGGAGAAGCGGAAUAAAAUCAGAGAGCAGAAUCGGUACGAUGUGACGACAUCAGGGCCGCGAUCUCAGCACCUCGCUGGCAUCCCAAUUGAUCCUCCACGACGGGUGCAGAUAAAAGUGACGCCAUACGUGCCCACAGAGGAGGACCAGAUGGCUCCCCAGCCUCCCAACCCCUUCACCGAGCUGUUAGAGAAGGACAUGGAUGAGUACCGCAAGAACAUGGAGAGGCGGCAACUGGGUCUCAGUGAUGGCGAGCAUGAGCUAACCUCCGACGACGGCUCCACGCUCUCUCAGUGUCUGUCUCUGUCGCCGCAGAGCACCCCGGCGAAAGAAGAGAACCACACGGGCCUGAUGAACGGCAAGGACAACCACGGCGACGAGGAGCUGUCCAAGCGCAUCAGCCAGCUGACCACCAGCGUCGAGAGCGUGGAGAUCUCGGUGCGCUCCGGCGAGAAGAUAGAAGAGGCCUUGACUCCCGAGAGCUCGCCUUCCAAGUCCCCCAACACCAAGAAGAAGAAGAAGUUCCGCACGCCGUCCUUCCUGAAGAAGAACAAGAAGAAAGAGAAGCUGGAGGCCUGAGCGGGGGGAGCAGCGUGAGAGCGGCCCGCCGCCACCUUUUCCUGUUUUUAUUUUGUAUGUUUUUAUCGUCCUUUUAUGAUUUCUCUUCGUUUGUACGUUCAUUCAAAUGUUUCAACGGAAGGUGUCGGCAGCGGCAACAGCCAGGCGUUUGUUUUCAACCGUGGGAAAUGUCGCUCGCCAAACCUGUCGGUCACUUCCUGUCAGUCUUCAAUCCAGAGUAACUGGAUCCACCUGAAAGAUUUACAAACGAUUUAAAGAAGAGUUCAAGUAUCUCUUUUAUCAACUCUCACGACUCGUGUGUGUGUGUGUGUGUGUGUGUGUGUGUGUGUGUGUGGGUGUGUGUGUUGCUGAGGGUCACCUGACUCUGCGCUGGGAACUGAAAGGCCGCAUGAAAUUUGAAGUCACACUGGAAAGUUGGUUUGAGACUAAACAGCCACAGGGCCUUGGGGUUUUCUCACCGUUCUCUGUUGUCGCAGACGUCAGCGCAGAUCCCAGCACCAAACUGGAAGAUGGAGACUGGCCGAACCUAAAGCAGUCACUUUGAGUAUUUAUGUAGCAGUCUUCCUUCCUACGCGUUUCCUUUUUGCCAAACUGAGAAGUCUGAUGUCAUCUCCGGAACAUACGCUCUAUUUUGUCUACGCUGGAACAGUGAAGCUUAUUUUUGCUAAAAAAAUGUAAACCUCUAUAUUCUAAUCAGAGUAACACACACAGAUAGAAGAACUGGAUUGUGUUUUUUUAAAGACUGUAUUUUUUAACAACGCUGCACUUUUCUUGUGGUAAAGUUGAACACUUGAGUUUGCAAGUGAAGGAGGUGGAGUGCAAGUGCUGUGAGGGGAGAUAUCGGCUGUUUUCGGGAGCGUUGGUGCCGUCUCUCAUCACUUCGGCACCAAAACAACUCUGUAUUUUCUUGCUCUGCCGGCUGCAGGUUUGAACUUCCCUUCAUGUCAGCGCGAGGUCAGAGGAUCGGGCAACGUCCUCCUCUUGCAGGUGAACCAGAUGUACCAGAAUCCCGGGUCGUAAUGUGAAGCUCAGAGUUGUUGCAGGGAUGGUACAAGGCCACAUGUUUACUCAGUAUUUGGCUGGGAUCACUCAAAAGAGGGCGAGGAAGGUGCGCGAUUGAAACUGGAACUGUACAUGUGAGUCAUAGUCGGAUGAGAACGAAUACACUGUGACAUGAGCAUGUUAUUUUGAUUUCUUUCUGCUUCUCUUUUCAUCCUUUAUUUGUAUCACAGCCGUUUUUUUUUUUAGUUUG